AUGGAACACAAUCAAGAGCACGUUGCCACGCUUUGUGCUGUUGGUACCAUUGGUAUUGCAGCCGCAGGCCUGGCCUUGGGAACGUCCGAUGGAGAGUCAUAUCUGGUAAGGCCAGGCAAGAGGAAGGCUCCUGGGUCUCCUGCAGUCGUUCGAUCACCAGUCUCACCCGACCUCCCUUCUAUUACGCGACCGAACACAUCUCAGCCUGUCAAAUCAACAUCAGCAUUGGCAGAGAGGAUCGAACGUCGAUUGUCAACCACCCUGCUGCGGAGGAAGACAUAUCACGAAGAGAUUCGUCCCGUGUCAGGCACUACUGAUGUGGAAUCCCGCGAAAGUUCAGUCAGUCGGCAUGGAAUCCCUAGACCUUGGACAUCGUCGGACAGAGAGUCAUCCACAGAGCGUAAAGAGGCCAGGCCUACUUCGUCCUGGCUGAAACGCAUAUCAAGCAUAUCACGUGGGAAACAUGGCAGUGCUGCCUCUUCUUCAUCACGCUUGGACGAGGAACCUGCCGCCCCACGGCCAUCCUUUGGCAAUGACCUCGACCAACCUAACAAGCUGGUCAAGCGUUCCUCCAGUCGACGCAUCCUCCACUCUGACCGCGAAAGUCCCGCUCAAACUCCAGCUCUAUUAAGACGUCCUGCGACAAGUCAUCAAAGGUCCGUUACUCUAUCGGGAAUGCCUUACACGCGGCCUAUCACGACCGAGUCCGCUUUGCCUGUUGAGUCGGCCGGUUACAUUUCGCGGGCACCUACAUGGCGACCCUUUUUCGACUCAGGCUAUGCGAGGAAGAGGUACUCAUCCAGUGGGUUUGGGGCGUCCUGCGCCCGAACUAUCACAAGGCCUUAUGGUUGUCCAGCCACACUGGUGAUGGGUACUUCAGUGGCACCUAGAGAGGCACCAGACGUCGAAGACAGCCGUCCAGCACCAUUUUCAGAUCCUGUUGUUCCAACUGCAACUCGACGGCAUAAGAUGCGGCGUCCGCUGGGAUCAAUUAGGAAAGGACUUCCACAACGCCACUUUACCGACCCCAUAGUUCGUGUCAACAAGGACGAGGCCUAUGGCAGCAUCGUGCCUCCAAUGGGCUUCUCAGCCAUUUCACCUGUGUCGAACUUCUCUGCCUUCGAAGUUGACCUACCUCCUGGUACUCCGGUCUUUACAUCAAGUCCUCCUUCGUAUGGUCCUCCUCAGCACCAUUUCACAAUAUCGAAAAGAAUGUCUGUGGCACCUUCAGACCCAACCACGGCAAGCUCUGACAAUGAUACUCGGGUAUUCACCGAUGAUGACUCCAUGGACUUCCAUAGCGAUACAGCUUACGAUUCUCUGGCGACUCGGGCUACUGCUAGUAGCCACUCCGGUUUUCGUCAACCUAAGAUAGAGACAAUAUUUGACGAAAUGUCGGUGGAUCAGCAACCAGCAGAAACUGGUGCCCUCGAAGACUUGAUGCAGAGAGCCACCUUAAACGACCUCGAGCCAUCGACAAAUCUAGGCAUUGGGAUUUGUGGCAUUGAGGAUCAUGAGACGGUUCGGAAUGUCAGCCCUGCUCAGGCGUCCACCCCGGUUAAGAGUUACUUGGCUGAAACAGAGGAUUCCGUCUCAACGCCAGUCCCGAAGAAGCUCAAUCGACAAGGCCCAGUUUUAGGUUCUUCCCCUCCGUUGAUGCAUCCAUUCCCACACAUUCAACACGAAGAACCAGAGCUCCCUCGAAUGAUGGAUCUUGACGACGAAGAGGACAUUGACUGGUCACCCAAAUCCGACGAGAACAAACCUGGGGCCCCACAAAACCUCAUGCAUGCCCAUCAACCCGAAGUCACGUUCGAUGAAUUACCCGAUGACGACUCGGACGAGCAACGCUCAACGAAACGAACCUCCAUAUUCGAUUGGUCCGAGCAUCAGAAGCUUGGUAGCGACCCAUCGGAUGGGGUAAGUCCACGACCGAAGACUGUACAUGGUAAACAAGGCAACAAUAUCUCCCGCAGUCGGCCUUCAGGACGCAAAAGCAAUGCAGCCAUGCAUUUGCGCAGCCAGAGUGUUCCAGUCAACCGGGACAGUCUCACCGAGGCUGAUCUGCCAUCAUCGGCCAGCAAGUUUGGUACCUGGGCUCUCGGUACUAAGCCUGUCAGUGAAGAAUGGAGUGACGACUUUGAGUUCGAAGACGCGGAUGAGGUUUUGGAGUCUGUUGAAAUUAUCAACGAGGAGAAAGAGAAAGCAAGAAAGCGCGACUCUAUUCGUAGUAGCGUCAGAGUGCCUCAAGCGAUCAUCGACCGUCAGCAGAGUGUGCACAUCCAGUUUGGCCAAGUCCGGGAGUUCAUGCUUCUGGUCGAGGAGUUGAAGAGACUACGCGUGCGUGGAAUCAGCCUUGGAUUAAUCGACAGCCAUUCACGACAGCUGUGGGAGGAUGCAGCAAGCAUCAUUGAUCUGGCUACUGUCAAUGACGACGAGGAAGAUGCACCUCGCCCAUCCUCCCCAGUCUUUCCAGAUAUUUUCGGCGAAGAGACUCCACCACAGAAACGUGUGCUAGAGGAAGAGGUUGGCAAAGGUAGUGAAGUCGCGCGAUCGGUUAAUCGACGGUCGAUCUCCAGCCCCGGGACACCGCCGUACGGACGACCACGUGGUGAAAGUAUGCAGACAAAGUCGUUUCUGCAGACGAUUCAUCAAAGUCGAAAUGGUGUGGAAUCUUCACCCGCGCGUCACAGCCCCCAACAUCGCGACAAACUGCCCUUUGACACGCAAGAUCUAAGGGACCUUGUCGUCAGGGCGGGCGUCAUCACACGGGCACUCAAAGAGAUUGUCCGAAAAGCAGAAGGAGUUUCUGUUACUCCUGAAAAACCUGCACACCAUUUCCAGGACCCCGUCUUCCGGCAUAUUUUCGAUCCACCUAAUUCAUCACCCAGUUCAGGUUUCCGCAAGCCUGGACUUCCCAAGAGCAAGAGUGCUAACAGCUAUCUCGAUGGAGCUAGUUCCAACAACGAUCAUGAAUUGUCCCAAUCCUUGAAAUUGAGCAAGGUUGUGGAGGCCAACUGA